AAAUCCGGAUCCAAUGAAAUGAGAUAGGAUUACACACACUGGAUACAACCCCCCAUGGACGUAUUAAAACAAUAUUGUACCGAGUUGAUAAGGGAGUCCAGAUGCAGAUGCAGAUGCGGACGACGCGGAUAAUUGACAUCUAUCUAUAAAUGUACAGUAAUUGGAGUGAUCUCCAGUAAAAACGCAGAGAGAGAGAGAGAGAGAGAGAGAUAUGGCUACAGAGGUGGUGGUGCUGAAAUAUGGAUCGAUCGAAGAGGAGGAGGUGAAAGGGAAAAAUGGGUGCUGCAAACAAGGGGGACCUGGCUACGCAACUCCACUCGAGGCCAUGUCUGGUCCCAGGGAAUCUCUCAUCUAUGUCACUUGUGUCUACUCUGGAACAGGGCGGGAGAAGCCUGACUACCUUGCCACUGUGGAUGUAGAUCCAAACUCUCCAACUUUUUCAAAAGUCAUCCACCGGCUGCCGGUGCCUUAUCUUGGUGAUGAGUUACAUCACUCUGGGUGGAAUGCAUGUAGCUCUUGCUAUGGAGAUCCAUCAGCAGCUCGGCGUUACCUUGUCUUGCCCUGUCUAAUAUCAGGGCGUAUAUAUGCAAUUGAUACAAAACAAAAUCCAAGGGCCCCCAGUUUGCAUAAAGUUGUUGAGCCGUCAGAUAUUUUACAGAAGACUGGAUUAGCAUAUCCACACACAGCACAUUGUCUUGCUUCGGGUGAUAUGAUGGUCUCAUGCCUCGGAGAUAAAGAUGGAAAAGCUGAGGGAAAUGGAUUUCUUCUUCUUGACUCAGACUUUAACGUAAAAGGAAGGUGGGAGAAACCAGGGCACAGUCCACUCUUCGGCUAUGAUUUCUGGUACCAACCGCGGCACAAGACCAUGAUCAGCACAGCGUGGGGAGCCCCUAAAGCUUUCACCUCUGGUUUCAACCUUCAGCAUGUCUCAGAUGGCCUUUAUGGGCGCCAUUUGCAUGUUUAUAGCUGGCCUGAUGGUGAAUUGAAACAGACUUUAGAUCUUGGGAAUACAGGACUACUACCCUUAGAGAUACGGUUCUUGCAUGACCCAUCUAAAGAUACUGGGUUUGUUGGGUGUGCCUUAACAAGCAACAUGGUUCGAUUUUUCAAGACCCCGGAUGGAUCAUGGAGCCAUGAGGUGGCAAUUUCAGAGAAACCGUUGAAGGUGCAAAACUGGAUCCUACCGGAAAUGCCUGGACUUAUAACUGAUUUUCUGAUUUCUCUUGAUGAUCGCUAUCUCUACUUGGCGAAUUGGCUCCAUGGAGAUGUAAGACAGUAUAACAUCGAGGACCCUCAGAAUCCUGUACUUGCAGGACAAUUAUGGGUUGGGGGCCUGAUUCAGAAAGGAAGCUCUGUAUUGGCUGAGGCGGACAAUGGUACAACAUACCAGUUUGAUGUCCCAGAGGUCAAGGGAAAUCGGUUGAGAGGAGGGCCGCAGAUGAUCCAGUUAAGCUUAGAUGGGAAGCGGCUUUAUGUCACCAACUCACUCUUCAGCACGUGGGACCGUCAGUUCUAUCCUGAUCUCGUGGAGAAAGGCUCUCACAUGCUGCAGAUUGAUGUGGACACUGAGAAAGGUGGUCUCGCAAUAAACCCUGAUUUCUUUGUUGAUUUUGGAUCUGAGCCUGAGGGCCCUUCCCUUGCCCAUGAGAUGAGAUAUCCGGGUGGUGACUGUACCUCGGAUAUUUGGAUUUGAGCAGUGAGUUUGAUAUUUCGGAAUAAAGGGUCACAUUUUGACGUCUUAGUGACAGAAAUUGUGAUCAUGCCGUCUCUGGUAAGAGAAUUUUAACUCAUCCCUUACUCGAAGAACACGAAGCUUUAAGUUCUGUUAAGAUGUGUACCGCUUGAUGUAACAGUUAUACCGGGAAUUUUCAGUUUUUGGGCGUUGAAAAAGGCACUUUCAUCUA